GUAAAGAUGCUGGAAUAACUGAUGAUGCACAGUCUGUGUCAGGGUUUGUGGGUCAUGGUUAUUGUCAGGGCCUUCCCUUCAGGGGGCCGGGGAAUACCCCAAUUGCCCAAACUCCAGUCCCCUUGGCCAGGUUCCUGCGCUGUCUUGUUGCCACCGUGACGGGUGUUGUGAUGCACAUUUCACGUGGAUGGAAUGGGCGUGCAGCUGCUUGUGUGUUUUCCUGGCGGAGUCUGUUCCACGUGCCAUCUGCCCUCUACCUCGGUGGAUCUAGAAGCCCCUCUGAGAAGGUCCACCUAGGCCUGGUUGCCCCUUUGGAGGAAGAGACUUUGGGCUCUGGGCCUGUGUAGUGGGGUCCAGGUUCUUGCCCUGUCCCAUCUUGCCCUGUGGGCCUGGGUGAGUGUGGGCCUCUUUGGCUGCAGAGGAAUUGGGGCAGGGCUCCUGUGAGUGGGGGAGGGGAAGAGGUGCAGCUUUGCUCCUAGGCAACCGUGGCUGGGCCUCCUCCCUCUGUUCUGCCCGCUGAUCCUGUUCCCUAUGUUGGUCAGAGACUGAGACCUGGAAGCGCCACUCCCUCUACAUGCAGGGAGCACCCCGUUGCUGAGGCCCGAGGCUGUGGGCUUUCAGUUGGCCCCACAUGGGGGUCUGAUGUCCAGUCAGUGUGGGCCUCGUCCUGGGCAGGCACCAUGGAGGGCUCUGGGCAGUGUUGGGGUCUGAAUGGUGUUUUAGGAUGAAGACCACUCUGGCUGCUCCCCGGAGUAUGUCAGCAGCUGGCGGGGAGCCUGGACCAUGGCUUCCUGGUCCAGGUGUUGUAGGCCAGAGAGAGGCUGGGCUGGCGGGGUGAGGUGAGGUGCGGCUGCUUGCUAGGAAGGUUGCCAGGGAAGGGGCCGCGGUGUGGUGUCCUGCUCUCUGCCCUGCAUGGGGAGAUACAGGACAGAGGAGGAGUGGGUUUCGGAUGAAGGGCUCGGAUUUGGGUGGGAUUGAGUGUGUUGAGGGUCAGCUGCAUGAGGAGCUGGAGAGGGUUCAGAGAGGGGGAAGGAACGUGGAAGGUGGCCUGGUUUGUGAGUGAGUACUGAGCACUGUGUGAGAAAGGUGGGUUCCACACUACAGAACAAGGUCCCCCAGGAGGCAGAGGAGAAGUGGCUUCCCGGGGCCAGCUCAGGAGCAUCUCCCCCCACCUCCUGCAGAUGCGGAGGUGUGAGUGUCCUGCUGCCUCCCCACCAGGCCAUCUUGCCCAUCUGCUGGGAGUGCAGAUGCUGCUCAGCCCCCUUGGGCCCCCACCCCAUCCUGCCCCAUAUCUCCUCUGCUUCUGAGCAGAGCCCCAGCGUGGUGCACAGCACCUGCCUUACAAAGGUUUAGGGCUCCAGGAGUAGGUGCUGGGAGGGUGGAGGGAUGGGGUCAUCAGUGACACGUCUUCUGUGGAUGCCCCCAGGUGAUCGCCCCCCUGGGCCCCAAAGAGACAUCCUCUCCUGUGAGCAUUCGUGUGAUGCCCCCUCGGCCAAGGGCACUGUUGUUUGUCCAUUGGAGCGUUGGUUCCUUGGUGGGGUCCAGCCUUGGUUGGAAGCUCGGGGGACACUCGACAGGGGAAGGACCCUAUGUGCUGAGGGGGCCUGUGCCAGCUCUGCCUCCCUCCCCACCUCCGACCCCUCCCGCUUCAUUCUUGGACUUCACCCCCCUACCCCCGCUCUUCCUCUGGGUGACUCCUUGGGUUCUCCAAGAACGAGGCACCAGUUCAUAGCACAGCGAUGCAGAUGAGACCACAUCUGCCUGUCAUGGCCUGGGCUCCAUGCUCCCCAUGGUGUGGCCAUGUUACCUGUGGGUCUUCCACCCACUCUCCGCUUUGGCAGGUGACUCCUGUCCUGCCCUGUUGAUGGUCAGUGGCUGGUUCUCUCCCCAGAGCUUCCUUGGUUCCCUGUCAUGGUUCUUUUGGGUCCUGAUUUCAUUGUCCCUUCCUAGCUCCUUUCACUCACAGGAUGAUCAGGCAGGAAUGGUGUGUCUUGAAGCACCCAAGUGGUGGAACUGCUGGCUCCAGGCUCCAGGCAGGUCACUGCUGACCCUCUGCGCUGACUCUGCUGUGAUGGUGCAGGGGGAGGGCAGGGAGGUCCACUAGGUGAGGUGUGGGCAUCGCCAACCUGUGUCAGUUCUCAGCCCUCACUGCGCUCCUUCCGCAGCUCUCUCACCCAGUGUGUCACGGCCGCGUGCUGCCUGGCCAGCGUCGCGGUGAGAGUGCUGGUGUCUCAGUUCCAGAGACGGCCCUCUCGGUGUCUGGACGUUGGAAGUCUUUGGCCUCCUAGGGACCGUCCCAUUCAGCCCCGCUGCAAGCUCCUUGCCUGGGCUCUUGUUCCCCUGGCCUUCUGUCCCUUCCUGCCUAGGCCAACUCUGCCUUCUGAACUUGGCCUUUGGGCUCCUUGAUCUGGGAGGUAGCCUCAGCCUUGGGAAGCCCCAUUCCUUCCUCUCGGAGGUGUGGUUCCAUUAGUGUCGUGGCCUGUUGUGGCCACAGGCCCCUGCCCCACUCUGCAACCACCCCUCAAAUAUUGCUGUUCCUCAGGGCAAUGUGCCUUGCUGUCCUACUAGGUGCUGCCCAUGGGGUCCCUGAGUGAAUUUAUUCAUUUGUUAAAUACUUAUUGAGCACCUCCUGUAUGUCCAGUCACUGGAGAUACAGUGAUGGUCCGGAGCUGGUGCAGUCUGUGCAUCCAUGAAUCCACAGGCUGGAGGUAAGAUGCACAUUAGUCAAACGCUCACACAAAGGAGUGUGUGUUUAUAAACUGAGGUAGACAAGAAUUUGAUUUGUAAGAGCACUUAUCGAGGAGCCUUACCUCAUCUGCAUGGUCAGGGAAGGUGUCCCUGAGGAAGUGAUGUUUUGAGCUGAGGUCUGAAAAGUGACCAAGAAUUAAUUGUGUAGGGGUGGGAGGAAGAGAAGAGCAGACGGGGCAGUUGGGUGGGAGGAAAUGCGUGUGCAAAGGCCCUGAGGUAGGACACAGCAUGGUGCUUUCAAAAGCUGAAAAGGAGGGUGAUGUGGCUGGAGCACACAGGAGGGAGGCUGGGAGUCCCAGGCCACACAAGUUUUAUCUUAUUUAAACUUUUAAUUAAGAUUAACAUUUGCCUAUUGUAAGUGUUACUAUCUGGUAAGACAAAUCCUAGAUUUUUUUCCUUUUAUUAUCAACUAUUAUAUAUGUAUUUAUAUAUGUAUACACACACACACAGAGAAAAGUACAGAUACACACACACAUCACACGAAGUUUAACAAGUAAAUUAUAAAGCAAAUUCCUGUGUGACCGCAGGAGCUACAGGAGCCAUACUAGGCUUUCGAGCAGGAGUGACAAGAUAAGACCUGACAGGGUGGCCAAGGGGACUUGGGGAGGCAUCUGCAUCUUCCUGGUGAGGCAGGUUCAGAUUCAGGCAGGUUUGUGGCUUGGAGCAUGUGCUGGUGGGAGAGGAGGAGCUGAGGGGACGGGCCGGCGGGCCCCCGGGUCUGCUGGUAGGCUUAGAUGGCUGAAGGAGCCCAUCGAGGGGACCGCUGGAACAGGGCUGGCCGGCUGAGCUGGGCGGAGCAGGAGCGUGGUUUGGGGACCCUAGGCGGGGCAUGUCUUGGACCCCGUGGUAGUGCUGUCCUGGACAGUGGGGUGGAGAAGCUGGGCCUGGGCAGGCAGGGCUGAGGAGGCAGCUCCGGGAAGACAGCCGAGCACUUUCCUCCCCACUCCUGGCCCCAGUUUGGAGCGCAGCUGGGAGCAGCUGGGGCGCCCGCCAGCCGCACUGUGUCUUUAAGAGGCCCCGCAUCUCUCCUUCCUGCCUCUGACGUCAGGGGUAGGGGAGGGCCGAGGAGAUUUGCUUUACUUUUCCUGGAAAGGGGAGGAGAUUGAAACCGAGUGGCCUCAUGAUGGAAAGGGGAAGUCCGGGGGUGCAGGAGGCCCCUAAGUGAAGGUGGAGGCUAACAUGGGGUUUGGAACGACUGUGGCCGUCGGACUGACCAUCUUUGUGCUCUCCGUUGUCACUAUCAUCAUCUGCUUCACCUGCUCCUGCUGUUAUUUGUACAAGAUGUGCCGCCGACCGCGUCCGGUCGUGACUACCACCACGGCCACCACAGUAGUGCACACCCCUUACUCGCAAGCUCCAAGUGUGCCGCCCAGCUACCCCGGACCAACGUACCAGGGCUACCACCCCAUGCCCCCCCAGCCAGGGAUGCCAGCAGCGCCGUACCCCACACAGUACCCACCACCCUACCUGGCCCAGCCCAUGGGCCCCCCCGCCUACCAUGAGACAGUGGCUGGAGGUGCAGCCAUGCCCUACCCUGCAAGCCAGCCUCCUUACAAUCCAGCCUACAUGGACCCCCCGAAGGCGGCCCCCUGAGCACAACAUUGCAUCUCUGGCUGCCACUUGAUCUGUCAUGUGUGUGUGAAUGGGUAUGCAGGCACGGUCCUUUUCUCCCUGUGCGUGGUAUGUGUGUCCUGUUUGUACAUGAGGCUUCUUGUGAUGCCAGUGAGGGGCUGGGAACAAUUCUUGCCAGAGUUGCUGGGACCACACUCUGUUGCCUUCCUCACUCAAAAUUAUGCUUCCUGAAAUCUCAAGCAAAAUUCAAAGAACAGUUCUUUUCUAGACCACCCCAGGGAGAGCAAGUGGGGCUUGUCACACUAGGAUAGUACAGACUUUUGCCGGCAGGAUGCACACGUGUUCCAGUUUCUGCAGAAUGGCUAGCCAUUGCUCAAGGCCACGGCUUGUCCCCAGGCUUGUCUUUGAAGAACCCGAGGAUGAUGCAGGCAGGUGGGUGAGGCUUGGGAACUGGCUACAGGUGGGUCUCAACCCUUACCCAUAGCUCCCUGAGCCUGUGCCAUGCCCAGUGGAGGGUGGGCAGCCUCCUGAUAUCAAAACGCCUCAGGCAGAACCCCACCCUCCCCUGAGCGCUGUGUGCCUGGUCUGUGUUCUUGCAUCCCUCCUGGGACCACCUGGAGGCCCACAUUUACCCUCGGUCUGGCUGCCCUGGUUGGCUCUGGCCGCCACCUUAAGUGGGCAGGGUGGCCUCUGUCCACCUACACACUCAGGUGUCCUCCCUGCAGUGUUUUUGUUUUACUUUUAGCUAAGUAUUUUGCCUGUUUUCUGUUUCAAAAUGUGUGUAAUAGUUGCUGUGAGGCUGAAACCCCUGGGUCCUGGAGGAAAAUUGCCCCAGAGAGCAGAGGAACUCUGAUGUCUGAUAGUCCCUGCUUCCCCAGCGCCAGCCUCACAGGCUUUCCAGCUCCUGUACCCCAGGCCACAGUUUGUCUUGGCAGUGGGGACGCCUGGGCCAAGGUGUCGUCUGGACCAAAGGUGGAGGGGACCCUUGGUGGCUGCUCUUGGCCCAGACACAUACCUCGCUGUUCCCUAUCCCUCCGUUAACGUCUCACCACAUAGUAGCUUUGUACCUGUUGAUGUGUUUUGGAGUCUAGGGUCUGCACCCUUGUUUAUAAUAAAUCCAACUAUUUGGA